CGCAGCGCAGGUUUGCGGACGUGGCGGCGGCGCACCGUCCGGAGGGCGGGGACUUAGGCGGCCCCGGCGGGUCGAACUGCGCGGAACGGAGACUGGGUCAUGAACUCCUCGACGUCGGCGGCGCCCGCAGUGGCCCUGGUACCCGUGCCCUCGCUGCGUGUUCCCUGCUAACCGGCCAGGUGAAGAUGGCGGCGCGAGGUGCGGUGCGCGGGUCCGGGCCGGCGGGGUUGGAUGCAGCUUCGGGUUCCGCGCGAGAUUUUAACGUUAUGGCAGGGAGGCAUCAGAAUCGCAGUUUUCCUCUCCCUGGAGUACAGUCUCCUGGUCAAAUACACGCUUUUGGAAAUUGUACAGACAGUGACACUUUGGACGAGGAUGCUGAAGUGUAUGAGCUUCGACCCAGAGGCAAAGAGAAAAUCCGAAGAAGUACAUCGAGAGAUAGACUUGAUGACAUUAUCCUACUAACAAAAGACAUACAGGAAGGAGACACUUUAAAUGCAAUAGCCCUUCAGUACUGUUGUACGGUAGCAGAUAUCAAGAGAGUUAACAAUCUCAUCAGCGAUCAAGACUUUUUUGCCCUCAGAGCUAUCAAAAUUCCAGUUAAAAAGUUCAGCUCAUUGACUGAAUCACUUUAUCCUCCAAAAGUAAGACAGGCUUCACGUCCCUCACCUGUUCACUAUGCUCCAGAACAACAGGAAAUUCUGCCAGCAAAUGACUGUCUGUCUUCCAGUGAGUCAGCUGGUAGCUUUUUAAAAGAAGUGGAUCGAGACAUAGAACAAAUAGUCAAGUGUACAGACAGCAAGAAGGAGAACCUGAAUGAGGUGGUGUCUGCCUUGAGCACGCAACAAAGCCGUUUUGAACCCGAUAACAAAAACACAAAACGUAAGGAUCCCUAUUACGGAGCAGAUUGGGGAAUAGGGUGGUGGACAGCUGUAGUGAUAAUGUUGAUAGUAGGUAUAAUAACACCAGUAUUUUAUUUGCUGUACUAUGAAAUUUUAGCGAAAGUGGACGUUAGUCACCAUUCAACGGUGGACUCUUCACAUUUGCAUUCAGGAAUUACACCCCCAUUGCAGCACAAAGACAUGCAAAAUGGCGUUGCUCCCACCAAAGGAAUCCAUGUUGGCCACCAAGAUGGCCGCAGACUGUAUAGGGAUUAUCAGCCAGCUGCUGCUCCACACAAAACGUAGUAGUUAGCCCAUCACACUGCACCUGGCAUGUGGUGACUCACUCAUAUUCAGGAACCACUGCAAAGGCAGAAUGUAAGGUGACUGAAGAUGCUUUUUGUUUUACCUAAAAAUUUUGAGCAUUUAUAAGUGGAUUAUGUAUAAAAUCCCUACAGUUGCUGGUUGUUCAAGUAAAGAGCACCCAAUCAAUAAGUCUGUUAUACCAGUGCUUAAAGGAAAAAAGGAAUUUAACUGUGUGUUUAGGAAGUUGUCGGAAGAUGAGUUAUUUUUCUUACUCAAGACUAGCUGUUUAAAUUUGAUCUUUUGAGUAAUUAUUUUUUAAGGUUAUGUUACAUUUCAGAAGCAGAAUGAUGGUAUCAGAUGUCUAUAACUGAAGAAAAUUUACUACUGUGAACCAACAAAUUACUUAGUUGCAAAAAUGUUUGAUUCUAAAAUUAUUUGAUAGCCAGUACUUAACAUUCCUUUCUGAAUCUUGCAUUAGAAAACACAUUUGGCACCUAUGCUAGGAAACAGAAACAUGUUUAAUUCUGAAAGAGGCUAAGAAAUAGAUUUUUAAGCCACCAAGAUAAUGUGGUACAGUUGAAAAUUUGAUACUUGAUCACUAGAACACUGGAGUAGGUUAAAGCUAAAAUUUUUUCUCUCUUAAAGAAUGCUUUAAGACAGAUCCGUUAACCUCACCUCUGCUUCUGUUUUUAAUUGAUAUUUGAAAGCACUUUGUAGUUCGUUGGUGAAGUGUUACAGUACAAAUUAGCAUUAUUUAGAAAUACAACUCCUUACAUACUGUGAUGUCACUGCUGUUACCUAUAGUAACAUGCCUUAAUUACAUUUAAUGCCUUAUAAUACGCUUUAUGUAAGUUGAUACAAGUUUUAGAAUUGAAGUAGAAUUUCAGAUGGUCCAGUUGGAUGCAUAAGCUAUGUAAAUUCCACCCUCCCUUCAGUUGCAGAAAAUCGUUAAGUAAAAACAAGAGUUAAGAGGCAUUUUCUACUAAUAACAGAGAAAGAAUGCUUUACUUGUGGAUCCCUUAACCUCGUUUUUCAGAGAAAAUGUCCAGCCAAGACCCGCGCCCCCCCCCAACUCUAAUGUCAGGUUGGGGAACACUGGCCAGAGGUGUACGGAUUGGGUGAAAGGGCAUGGCGGCACCACCUUCUAAGAUCUGCCGUGCAGCAGCCACAGUGUGGCUGACAUGUAUUUGCAUACUGAGUUCCACCUUUCACUUUUGUUAAAGUAUCUUUUUAAACUGUAACUAAAAUAAUUCCAUAGAAGCAAGAUUUGGUGGAGUCUGGAUUGGUUAUUUUGUGUAAAAUAUUCACUUUCAGGUAUAUAAUGGCACUGCAUUUUCUGGACAUUUCAGAUAUAUAAUAGCACCGCAUUUUCUGAACAUUUCAGAUAUAUAAUAGCACCGCAUUUUCUGGACAUUGCUUCCCAGUCUUUAAUGUUUUUGAUCAGUCAUUUUAGAUCUCAGACUUCUAUCUUGAUGAAACUGUAGUAGUGUGAAUAAAUAUUUAGGGUAAGGGUUUUAUAUAUUUUGAGGAAAAAAGCAUCAUAAAGAGGUAAGUCAAACAUCUAAAGGCUUGCACAUAUCAGAGCCUUGCAUUUUCUUCCAAAAGUGUUUAGGGAAGUUGCAGUGAAUUAAUUGUUUCAGGAAGUCUUUUAGCUGAGUAUUUUGUAAUUAUUUUAGUGUGCCUUGGGCAUCUUGGAAAGAGGAAUGAUCUUUUAAUUUAUGCUCAAUGCUAACUAGACCAGUUUACAUUGUUUUUAAGCCUGCUGAAAAAUCCAGCUUUAGAGUAGACCAUGCAGACUACUUCAGGGCAGAACAAGCCAGAUGUCCUCUGAAUACUCUUACACAUCGAACUGGUGAAAUUAAAUUCACUGAUUCCUUUGUUAGUUUUACAAUGAAAUUGUGAUGGAGGGGUCCAAUUCAAGUACGGUCCUGUGUACUUAUUAAAACUCUUUUCUGUCUUGCAGAGUAUCCUUUUUGAAGGAAAUACAACAUAUAUCCUGAUGAUACACAAUCAGGCAAUUGCUUUUUUCUAUGUAUUUCAAUUAUAUAUAUUUAAAGAAUUUGAACUAUAUGUAAUUCUAUAUACAGGUUAUAUAGAGCAUUAGUUUAAUCUUUGUUUUUAAAAAUUUCUUAAAAUAUUUCAUGAAAUUCAGAAUUUUAGCUUUUUAAAAAUACUGAUAUACAUUAAAUUUGUAGCAAAUGCAAAUUGUUGUAUAGAUAAUAUAAGCACAAGUACUGUUUGAUAAUUCUGAAUUUUGUGUUGAAGACCUUAUUUGAAUUUAUUUUGAGGCUUUACAUUUGUGUUUGUCUGCGCAUUUAAAGUAAUGGAACUGUGAAUCAUUGUACUGUGGUUCACUUAGAAAUUCGUAGUAGUAAAUGAAGAAAAAUUUCAUAGUUUUUAGGGUUUUUUUUUGUAAUGUCCGAGUGACAUGGUUAAAUUUUGAACUAAAGAUUGGCCAUUUAAAUGAAACAUUUUGGCUGUUCACUGUAACGUGGUCUGCUGGCCACGUGAACAAUUAGAAGCCUAGUGUCAUGUCCAACUGUCUUCAGAGGACUUGACUUUUAAAGCUUUUUGCCUGGACUCUACCUGCUUGUUCAGCGGCCUUAAAAAGUCCUUUUCAUUGAACCACUAUUUAAUAAUUGAUUCUUUCUUAAAGAUCUACUUCUAGUUGGAAAUAUGAAGGAUGUGUUAAAAAUAUGAAGCAAAGACCCAUCCCAUCAAAGUGUUACAGGGCAAAGUUGGAGGUGUUUAAUUGCUCUGUGGUGCUGAGACUUGAACCCAGGGCCUGCUGUAUGGUAGGCAAGUGCUCUACCACUGAUCCGCAUCCCCAGCCCAAGGUGGAAUUCUUAAGUCUAUACUUAAAUAUGGUGCAUUAUGACAGAAAUCAUUGUUAUUUUCAAUUACAACAAUGUUGCUCAGGAAAUCAGUAUUUUUCUUCUAAGUAUGUGCAUAUUGCACUGUUACAUCAUAGAAAUAUCUGAAUGCUUUAUUUAAUUUCAUGUAUGCAAACUAAGUCUUUUGUAUAAUGUGUUUCGUAUAAUUGGGAAAUGUAAUACUAGAAUAUUAUGUUAGCAUGUAUCUGUAAAACUUUUAAAAAAUGUUUUGCCCUUCAUAUUUUAAAAGAUCUGAAAAUGUAAUAAAGUUUCUAUUUUAUUAUUCAAUCUAAAGUGGCAAGCUGG